AUGUAUUGUUUUGAUGACGCGGUCGGGGUGUUUGUGAAGAACGUGGUUCCUGGGAGUGCCGCUGAGCAGAGCGGAAACAUCCGGAUCUAUGACAGGAUAAUAGAGCUGGACGGGGUGAGCCUGCAGGGCUUCACUAACCAGGAGGUUCUGGAGGUGAUGAAGCAGACAGGCCAGACGGUCCUCCUCACCCUGGUCAGGAAAAUGGCCUCGCCCAAACCGUCACUGGAGAGGUCCCUGGACAAAGGUGUGGAAGAGAUAUCUCUGUCUGAGCUGGAGCUGAAGGACAAAUGGGAGCAGUCUCUGGGGCCACAGUACGAUGUUCUGGUGGUUGAACUGGACCCUGUUAUUGAAGAUGAUGCUGAAUUACAGAAUUACUCCAAGCUGCUACCCAUCCACACCAUGCGUCUGGGGUGGAGUUGGACUCGUUGA